AUGGCUUUUUAUCGCACUCAUGAACUAUUCUCCCUUGUUUCACUCAUCUUUGUUUUGCUAACCACAAAUAUAAACUCAGUUCAAGCACUUUCCUUCAAUUACACCAAGUUCACCUCUGGUAAUUCUGCUAUCACCCUCCAAGGGGAUACACAAAUUUUAGCCAAUGGUGUCUUGGCACUCACCAACAGUACACCUCUUCCUCCAUCUACAACUUUUCCAACUACCGGUCGUGCCUUAUACACAACACCCUUAACCCUUUGGGACAGCGCUACCGGCAAUGUUGCCAGUUUUGUCACUUCCUUUUCUUUCGUCGUACAGUCCCCGGCAGGACGCGCUCCAACCGACGGAGUGAUCUUUUUCAUUGCACCAGCUGACACUGUGAUUCCCAACAACUCUAACAGUCUAUAUCUGGGAGUUGUUGAUAGUAAAACUUCAAUCAAUCGAUUCGUUGGUGUAGAGUUUGACCUUUAUCCCAAUUCUUUCGAUCCCUCUGUGAGACAUAUUGGAAUCGACAUCAACUCUUUAAUUUCGACCAAGACCGUGAGAUGGAACUGGGUGAAUGGUUCAUUGAAUAAAGUUAGUAUAAUAUAUGACUCUCCUUCUAACGCAUUGACUGUUGUUGUCACUUAUGCAAAUGGUCAAAUUUCUACCAUUUCACAAGGGGUUGAUCUGAAAGCUGUGCUCCCAAACAAAGUUAGGAUUGGUUUUUCUUCUACUUCAAUAACUGGUGUAGCACAUGACAUCCAUUCAUGGUCAUUCAAAUCACACUUGGAAAAAUCAUCAAGCAGGGUCUCAGACAUAUGA